AUGUGUAUUAGUAGUUAAAAUGCGUUGGAUAUUUCACUCAAAUUCAAAAACUUUUUAAUAGUGACUCUGAUUUUGGAAAAAUCUGAAUAAAAAUAUUUGAUUUAGACAAGUAUAUUGUAAAAUAAUAUUUUUUAGAAGUCAUUAAUAAAAAUUAAGAAGAACAAUUAUCUGAUUCAGUUAAUUCUUUUAUUAGCUAUCAAUAAGAAGAAACAACUGCUAACAAUAUAAUUAUUUAUUUUAAAUGAAUUAAAUUAUGAUGUCAAUAAAUUUAAUUCAAGAAAAGGAAGGAACAUAUUCAAAAAGAAUAAAUAAAAACAAAUAGUUUCCACUUUUCAACUGUUAAAAAGUGAUUUUUUUAAUAUAAGUUUUGAAAAUAAAAUUUAUAGCAUUCAAGGUUAAAAUUCAUAUUUCAAAAUAAAAAUAAAGUACAUAGCAAUAAAAUAUCUCAUUAUUUAUUAAAAAAUAUAAAUACUAAAAAUAAAUCAGCUGGAAAAGAAGUAUAAAAAUAAACAUACUACAUGCAAAAAUAAGAAACGAAUAUAUUUUUAGAGUAUAUAAUAAAAAAAAAAAAUUUUAACUAAUUACAAUUUCUAUUUGAAUUACAUUUUUAUUCAGUGA